AUGACAGAGUCGACCAACAAGCUUGAAAAAGCAACACAGUAUAUCGAAGAGUCAAACAACACAUUAGACGAUAUAGUGACACUUGAAAUGGACAGCUUAAGUGAUUUGGAACAACAAAAAGAAAUUCUACAAAAAGACAAAGACAUUCUUGAUGCUAUUAAUAAUGACUUGGACACUUCAAAUACGUAUCUAAAGAAGAUGUGGAUGAGGGUAUUAUCUAACAAGCUCAUUAUUUGCCUUGUAGGUAUGACAUUAUUACUUGCAAUGGCCACUCUACUCUAUUACUAUAUUUUUUCUUCUAUAGUCGGGGGAUAA